CUGUUUAGCUUUUAUCGAUGGAGGGUUAAAACCUUAAUUGACAACGCAUAUGAGCAGCACCUUAAGUUGAUACAGAAAAGCAUAAUUGACGAUCCGGUAUUUUUUUGGAAAUAUGUUAGUGAUAAAAAGAAAGAAAGACGACAUACUGAAACGUUUAGUUAUAAAGGUGCAGAAGUAACAGGUCAAGAUGCGGCUAAUGCCUUUGCUGAAUAUUUUGGCUCAGUAUUCCAUAAUGAAAAGCCCCUAUUAAAUUAUGUAGAUGCCGAAAAUGCGGCUAACUCACAAAAUAACGUGAUGCCCAUCUCAGUCAGGCAAGUAGACGAAACUGAUUUUAGAUUGGCAAUAAGACGCCUAAAACCACGAUCUGCUGGUGGCCCUGAUCGCAUUCCCGCUUUUCUGGUCAAGGAUUGUGCGCCAGCUCUUCGUUCACCGCUCUUGUUUAUUUUUAAUCUGUCUCUUAGACAGGCUACAUAUCCAGAACAAUGGAAACUAUCUAGGGUGACACCUGUUCCAAAGGGAGAACCUGGAAAAGAUGUUUCUGCUUUUAGACCUAUUGCGGUGCUUUCGGUUCUGGCGAAGAUAUUUGAAACCAUGUUGGACUUUCGCAUUAGGAAUCAGGUAGAUAACAUUUUGCAUGAAAGUCAACAUGGGUUUCGAAAGAAUCGUGCAACGACUACUAACUUGAUAGCGCACGUAGACUAUGUCUGUGCUGAGAUGGAUUCUAGGAGACAGGUAGACGCCGCCUAUUUCGAUUUUAGGAAGGCUUUUGACCUGGUGAGUAAUGACAUACUGUUACAUAAGCUAGCUAAGUUGGGCUUUACUCCGAAACUUCUUCAACUCUUUGCUAGCUAUUUGGAUAAUCGUCGUCAAUUUGUUAGAGUGAGUGGUUUCGAAUCCGCUGAUUAUUUCACUAGAUCUGGGGUCGGGGUCCCACAAGGCGCCGUCAUAUCCCCCCUCCUCUUUACACUCUUCACAAGUGAUAUUCUCAAGGAUGCAGUGGUAAAUACUGCUUUCUUCGCCGACGAAACGGCACUCUUUGUAUCUGACUAUAAUGGGAAUAGUCUCACUUUCAAAACUCCAAAAAACUACCAAUCGCUCAGGCGAAUGGUUCCAAUGGUUCAAUCCAUAGGCGGCUAUAGAGAAUCGAAGUGA